CACUAACAACAGCAGAAACUGGCGUGUAUCCUCAACUGUGUUAUUUCUUAACAUACUUCUCUUCUAAUGGUGUUCCUCGUUAAAAGGCCGUUUUGGGGGGCUUUGCGUUGACAUCCCCAAUUGAAACUUCUAUGUCGGUGCUACCGGUUCGUUAACAUGUCUACGCCGUUGCAGGACGAAAGCUCGACUCAGCUCAAUAAGUUUGAGAAAUUGUCAUGGAGGCCCUCGGGUAGAGAUUCAGGCUUCAAGAUGCGGGCUCGCUGGCUUCAGGCUCGACGCAUCUUAUCCCCCGCGUUCCCCAGCCUUCGCAUCCCGAACCGGUUUCUAAGGGAAGGACCCUGGGUGCCCGCGGCCCGUAGCGGACACCGCUGUGUAGCAGACAGCACCCACCUAUACGUGUUUGGCGGCUACAACCCGGACUUCGGGGAGGCAGGCGGGGCAGAAAAUGAAGAUUUUCCUCUCUUCAGGGAGUUAUGGAGGUUUCAUUUCGCUACCGCCACCUGGCACCGUGUUCAGACAGAGGGUUACAUUCCCACAGAACUCGCUUCCAUGUCAGCCGUCUUUCAUGGGAAUAACCUGCUGGUGUUUGGUGGCACGGGCAUUCCGUUCGGUGAAAACAACGGCAAUGACGUCCACGUUUGCAACGUUAAAUACAAACAAUGGAAUCUGCUUGUCUGCAAAGGAACAAAGCCCAACAAAAUCUACGGGCAGGCAAUGGUCAUAAUAAAUGGCUACCUGUACGUUUUUGGAGGGACGACUGGCUACUUUUACAGCACAGACCUGCACAGGCUAGAUCUGACUACCAAAGAGUGGUGCCACCUUAAGCCCAACAAUGUCCCCACAGAUCUACCGGAAGAAAGGUACCGACAUGAACUAGCUCAUGAUGGACAGAGGAUAUACAUUCUGGGAGGCGGGACUUCCUGGUCAUCGUAUUGCCUGGACAAGAUUCACGCAUAUAACCUGGAGACAAAUUACUGGGAGGAAAUAGUAACCAAACCCCAUGGAAAGCUAGGUUAUCCUGCUGCACGUCGCUGUCACAGUUGUGUACAGGUUAAAGAUGAGGUGUUUAUAUGUGGCGGCUACGACGGGCAGCUGAUCAUGGCCGACUUGUGGAAGCUCCACCUUGGCACUUUUCAGUGGACCAAGCUACCUGCCGUAAUGCCAGAGCCCGCCUACUUCCACUGCGCCGCUGUCACGCCUGGGGGCUGCAUGUACAUCCACGGCGGGGUGGUGAACAUGUCCGGUAAUCGACGUACAGCCUCGUUGUAUAAAGUGUGGCUGGUGGUGCCCAGCCUGCUAGAGCUUGCAUGGGAGAAACUACUGAAGACUCUGCCUCACUUAGCUCAGCUCUCCACAUUACAGCUGCUCAGUCUGGGACUGCCGCACACACUCAUCCAGCGGCUAAAGUAGGGAAAGCACUAACCGCUCCAUGAUUGGACAGACGAAGGCAAGCAUUGCAUGUUGAACCAUAGGGGUUAAAAAAAAUAAUACAACAUUAUUUGGUUUUAACCUUGUCUUCUGGAUUUCAACCCGAUCUGGUUUCUUUUAACAUUUUGUGAAAGUGUACAGACGAGGGAUAAUUUUAAUUUGGUCGACCACAUGCGAUUUUAUGGCCUUAUUAAUAACUGUUUGCACACUGCACUCAAAAUAAGGAAACUCAUUUUUUUGUUUCGAACAGGUCCAUUUGUUUGUAUAUUGUUCAUUUUUGUGUUGGAACAACAAAGUGCAAGAGCAUGGAUCUGUCUGACUAAAUUAGAAUGUUUAGUUUGAGUGUAUUACACAGCUAUUUUUCCAAAUGUAUAUUUAUGAUUUUAUUUUAUUUUAAUGGCAUCACUGUGACUUUCCUAGUGCCUAGUCUUUUUUUUUAAUUUUUUUUUUAACACUUUCCCCCCAGCUCUUUUGGUGCCUUUUGGAUGUUCAAAUUCCUUUUUACGAUCGACUCGGUGCUUGUUGAGUACAGGAUACACUUCUAAGUGACUAAGUUGUUUUAAAUCACUCUGCUGUUUACUAUUAGUGAUGUUUUCUUGUUUUUUGUUUAAACCAAAUUUUGUCUGAAUGUGUAAUAUGAAACUUUCUUUCUAAACUGGUACGGUUUGAAAAGCACAUUUUUACUAAACUUCUGGACACAUUACGCAUUGUUUUUUUUUUUGUUUUGUUUUCCACUAUUGUGUAAAAUGACUGAGAGUCCCCUUCUAUUUGUUCAAAGUUGGACUUGCUCGUGUCCGAGAUGUUUGUAGUUGUGACGUUCGAGAUCUCUACUGCAUGUUGGCAUGUCACUGUACUUUUCACAAAUGUUUCCUUAAAGGCACAUGUGAUGAUGUACAUUUUUUCUAGUUCCUGUUGUGCAAUAAAACUCGGGCAGACUA